AUGACGGUGAAGUUGACUCGACCUUUCGUAGACUACUGGCAGAGUGCCAAUCAGAUUAUGGUUGUUUUGGGGAUGUCUUCCUCCGCCGGUGGAAAGGGACUCUCUUGGGGAAUCUACGGUCCAUCUCUGAUGGAUCUGGCUGACAUCUAUUCUUCGGCUCCUAAUGAGGUGGCACUCAUGAACUCAGCGAGAGCUCUCGGGAGUUUUCUCGGAUCGUGCCUCGGGGGCUUUCUUUACGAGCACGUCAACGAUCAAAUCUUGAUGAUGUUCACCCUGGCUAUCUACGCGGUUGUAACCGCCUUGAUCCCUUCACUGCCGAACAUCACAUAUUUGUAUAUCCUCGGCUUCGGAGGUGGAGCCGCGGUUGGAAUCUCACAUAUCGGGUCGCAAGUGCGUCUUGUGAAGAUAUGGGAAAAGCAGAGCGCAUCGGCCAUUCAGGCUUUCCAUACGGCGUUCGGAGUCGGAGCCAUGAUCGGACCCUUUGUGGGCGCACCCUUCCUCAGUCUCACGGAAAACGGAGUCACUCUCAAGGAAACCCGGCUGUACAUCCCCUAUGUCGGUUUCGGGAUUUUCUUCGUCGUGAUCCUCGUAUCGAUGAUGGCCGCAUAUUGUCUGGACCCAUCAAGCAUCAAAAAAACCGAAAAGGACGACAAAAGCGUGAAUAGUCCCUCGAGCAGGACUCUGGAGAUCGUGCUGAUGAUUCUACUGUUUUUCUACAUCCAAACUUGCGUCAACCUUGAGAUCACUUUCAGCACACUCAUAUCCGUGUACGCCGUGAAAAGUCCAGCCCUGCAAUUUUCUAAGGCUGAUGCAGCCUAUCUGGCAGGAGUGUUCUGGACGUUCUUCACGGGUGGUCGAAUUGUUUCCAUCGUCGUCACUGUGUUCUUCGACAUAAAACAACUUCUGAUAAUUUCGCAUUCACUAUCAGUGUGCGCGGCAGGUAUUCUGAUCGUCUUCUGCAGUUCGCCUCCGCUUGCGUGGGUCGGAGCUGCUGUCAUGGGUUUGGGCUUGUCGUCUAUGUACGGUGCAGUCUGUGGCCUCGUGCUGCAGUACUUCCACGUUCGGCAUGCUCAUAUCAGCGUGAUACUGACUGCAUCGUGCUCGGGCCUCGCGCUUUCUGCUUACUUCGUGCCGCCAAUCGUGGAGGUGCGGCCGAUGUUCCUGAUGUACUACUCGGGAGCAGGAAGUAUUCUGCAUUUCAUGCUUCUAUUCGUUAUAAUUUUGGUCACGAACGGAAGACCGACCAUUCAUUCGAAGAAAGAAGAAGCGCAAGAAGCACGCAAGGAAGAAACCGCAACGUGA